AUGGUGAAGGAUAAGCCAUCCAUGGGUAGGAAAAAGAUCGAGAUCAAGCGUAUCGAGCGUAAGGAAGCACGUCUGGUAUGCUUCUCCAAGCGCCGCCAAGGUAUGUUCAAGAAGGCUAGCGAGCUCUCCAUUCUAUGUGGUGCAACGGUUGGCGUUGUUGUCUUCUCCCCUUCUGGUAGGCCCUUCUCCUUUGGUUCUCCCUCUAUUGAGGCCGUGUUCGAUCGCUUCCACACCUUGGGCGUCGGCUCUACUACAUCAGGUGGUGGAAGCUACGAUAGAAGUAGGGUGGAAAACACCAUGCAAAGGAUGAAUUUACAGUACGCAGAGUUGGAACAGCUGAUUGAGGCUGAGAAGAUAAGAAAGGAGAGGGUGAAGGAGGAAAUUGAGCAGGACUGUGGACGCCUGAUGCAUUUGUUGACUGCUGAUGUCUCUGCAUUAGGGCUUGAUGAGCUGCAAGAGUUCCACAAGGAGCUUGCAGCAACACAAGGUGUUCUCAAGGGAAAGAUCAAUCAGGAGCUUCAAGAGAGACAACACACCCAGAAACCCGGAUCCAGAGAAAGUCACCCUCACACGCCCCGCAUCAGCGCGAGAGCCAACGCUGCCGCAAGAUAGACAAUGCUGAAGAGACUUAUUUCACUGCACCGGUUCCUCCACCGCCUGGGCACUGAUGCUUAGAAACAAAAACCUAUGAACCUAGGACCUAACUCCAUGGCAAAGCACAGAUCCACCGUCUCCCUAGCCUCUAGACGCCGAAAAUGACCAUCG